AUGGUCAUCUUGGAAAUUUUCGAAGAUUCGAAAAGUGUUCAAACCUUCAAAAUGAAAACUAUCACCAAUCCAGCAUCUUGUUCAUUCAAGUUCCUGGACACUUCUAAUCUAGUUUUGAUAUUCCGGCUGGUCCCAUUUUUCAGUAUUCCGUCGUAUUUGCUGGCAUGGUUAUUGGUAUCCAGGAACAAGACAAAAGUGGUACAACCUGUGAAAAAACAUUAUUUGAGACAAAUGGCAAUAAACUUCUCCUCUGUGGUCCUCUUGUGUCACAUCAUCUGCCCAAUUCUGAUGCCACCGAUUCCCGGAUAUUUCAUGACUGGUUUCCUAGACGACCUGGACGCGAAUAUUGCACUUCCGCUGGUUUUAAUGACACAUGUCGUGCUCUUGGUCGCGUUCUCCAUUUUACGUCUGUUCAAACAUCAACUCAUCACUUUGUCCGAUUUGAGAUACACCAAAAAAUUCGAGCUCCCUGUGAAAAUUCUAAAAUGGGCAUAUCGUUUCUGUUAUCUAAUGAUGCUCAUUGUAGCUGUUUCAAUCCUUCCCACACUUUCUAUUGAAUUGGAAUCAACUGGGUUUCGUCAGGAAGCUUAUCAGUACUUCAACAAAACCGUAUGCUUUUGUCCGGAAAUGUUCAUAGCGGAUCCGAGAAAAUGGGAAAUUUACAUUCCGUAUUACCUAUCUGUAAUCUUUGGGGGUUUAUGCACACUUACCGGAAUAAGUAGUGUCAUAACUUGCCUUUGGAUGAUGUUUGAUUCCCGGAAAAUUGUGUCUAGAGACACUCUGGUUAUGCAAAGAAAUUUCACAUUUAUUCUUGUUUAUCAGGUUGUGAAGGACCAUGAAAUUGAAAUGUGUCAAUUUCAUAUUACAGAACACGGACUAUAUUAUCUGCUGCUAAUUUCCAGUCAGGGAGCAGUCAAUAAUUUCACGCACAUCGUCCCUGGAUUGUGGAGAAAGUUACGAAAAAAAGUCGUGGUACCAACGGAUUCAAGAAACAGCCGGAAAGGAAGUUCAAUGUGGUCCACAAGCACGCAUUUGACUGCUUCGAUUAGUUAA